UCGACUCAAGGACAGCGUCUGCGCAUGCGUCGGCGGCGUACGUUCGGCUCCGACACCAGCGCAUUUUCUGCACUUUUUUCCCCUUUUUUGCGUCUUUUUUCGCGCACUUUUCCGGACAUGAACAGCGUCGGGGAGUCGUGCACGGAGCUGAAGCGCGAGUACGACCAGUGCUUCAACCGCUGGUUCGCCGAAAAGUUCCUGAAAGGCGAUCGAAGCGGAGACCCGUGCACGGAGAGCUUCAGGACAUACCAGCGCUGCGUGCACAAGGCGAUCAAGGACAAGGACAUCCCCAUAGACGGCGUCGACUUCAUGGGACCGAGCAAAGACAAGCCCGAGACCUGAGCGACGCGCAAAAACCGAGACUUUACCGGGAAAAAACCGGGACUUUACCGGGAAAGAAAAAGACCAACCGCGGCCAAGUGCGCAACCAAACUACUGAGCAUGCGCAGAGGCGGACACUGGCGUGGGACGAUGAGGAAACAGACGCUGGACUUUACAAAACUUUAAUUAACGUUUACGAGGGUUUUUAUACUAAUAAUACGUCACAUGUUUGUGUAAAUAUUGGUUUAAUCUCAUUUCUAACAAUAACGGGACGAAAGCGAAAUGUAAACAACACGUCAUCCUCAGUGUUGGGGAGUAACAGAUUACAUGUACCAGAGUAAUCAGAGUACAAAUGAUGAGUAACUGUAUUCAGUUACAGUUACUUUGUUGAAAUAAAUGGAUUACACAGUG